UUAGGUGUUUGUUGACAAAAACUGAUGGAUUCCCAAAAAACAACCUUUUGUAACGAAAUCUCGCUGAUGAUGUUUGGGUUCGGCGACAGCCACAAGCCGAACCCCGAGACGGUGCGUUUGGUGGAGAGCAUCGUGUUGAAGCAGCUCCGCAUGAUCGUCCAGGAAGCGCUGAAGUACUCCGAUGGUAAGAACCUCAAAGGCAAGGAGUUGGUGUUCCUAAUGCGGCACAAUAAGCACAAAAUGCGCCGCUUUUUCCAAUAUUUGAAAAACAAGCAACUCAAACAGCAACUCCAGUCGUUGAACUCGGGGGUCAUUGAAAUUGACAGAGAUCCCAUACCGAAGAACGAGCUAAUGAAGUUUAUCGAGUACAUAGACGAGACGGGAGAAUUCACCGAUUUAUCCGAAGUUGAUGAAGUCAAACAGUCGAGGAUGCUGAGGGCUGAUCGCAUAUCUCAAGCCCUGGACGAGAAGAGGUAUUUGGAGUUUUGCAAAGCGAGAGCCACCUCGUUUUGCAGUAGAGAUAUCACGGCCCGAAACUCCGAAAAAUUAAGACAGUGGAUUGACCCGAAAAAGGAAAUUAAUUUCAGCACUAAUGCUAUGGUGGUUUUGUCGUAUUUGGGGUACCAGACAGUUGCUGAGAUAACCGAUUAUGCGUUGCUUGUGAGGAUGGAGGGCAAAUGUGGGAGUGAUCCACUGAAUCAUUUAUACGGCAAUUACUACACUUCUACGAUGUUUAAUGGGGAUUAUAGGAUAGGGGCUAGUGGUAACAAUCCAGACUAUAGCAGGGUUUACAGUGGACAGCCCCCCAUUAGUGUCAAUGAAAUUAAAGAAGUUAUGAGAAGAAUUCACUGUCCGCAAGCAGGGAAGCUGAAUUUCGGGGGAAAACUACCAGACACGCAUUAUCUAUUUGCUCUGUAAUUUGUUCUAAUAAAGUUUAAUUUUUUAAA